ACAGGCCAGCAGUGCUUUAUUACUGAACUUCACUAGUCUCACCGUUACUUUCACCUAUCGUCAGUACUCUUAUUCCAUUCUUUCUAACAUUUUAAGUAAUAAGGAAAGUAUAUUUCACAUUUUGGAUCAUUAAUCGACAAGCCAGAGCCGGAUUCACUGAAGAAGAGACCACUGCUGUUCCAGAAGCUGAAGGACCAACCACUGACCAACAUCAUGGAGUUCUCUGUGGCUCAUCCGGCGGUGAAGGCCUUCAUGUGUGGUUCUCUGAGCGGGACGUGCUCCACACUGCUCUUCCAGCCAUUGGACCUGGUGAAAACACGCCUGCAGACCCUACAGAGUGGCGUCCAGCCUGGGACGGGACGGGUCGGGAUGGUCACAGUGUUUGUGAAUGUGCUGCGGACGGAGAAGCUGCUCGGGCUGUGGAGAGGCGUCUCACCGUCGUUCGUGCGCUGUAUUCCAGGAGUCGGGAUCUACUUCAGCACCUAUUUCACUCUAAAGCAGCGUUAUUUCUCCAGCGGGGCCCCGGGGCCCUUGCAGGCGGUGCUGCUGGGAGCCGGAGCCAGAUGUGUGGCUGGAGUAUUCAUGCUGCCUGUCACCGUCAUCAAAACACGCUUCGAGAGCGGCCGCUACAGGUACAGCGGUGUGUUUGGAGCGCUGCGGUCUGUUUGUCAGACGGAGGGACCGAAGGCUCUGUUCUCCGGUCUGAUGGCCACACUGCUCAGAGACGCUCCAUUCUCUGGGAUAUACGUCAUGAUCUACAGCCAGACCAAACACCUGCUGCCUCCAGAGAUCAGCCAGUCGUCUUACGCACCGGUGGCCAACUUCAGCUGUGGGGUUCUGGCUGGUGUUCUGGCCUCGGUUCUGACGCAGCCGGCUGAUGUGGUCAAAACUCACAUUCAAGUGAGUCCAGACGUCUUCAGCAGGACAUCAGAUGUGGUGCGCUACAUUUACAAGGAGCACGGUUUGGUGGGGUUUUUCCGCGGCGCGGUUCCUCGCUCUCUCCGGAGAACCAUGAUGGCGGCGAUGGCGUGGACGGUGUACGAGCAGCUGAUGGCUCAGAUUGGGCUCAAAUCCUGAAAACCACCAAAGCACAUCAUCACACACACUGAAUGAGAGGUUUGUUCUGGAUGUUCAGCGGUUUACAGGCCCAUCCGGUGAGAUCCUCGCCUCAGGGGAUCAUAUAGGUGGGAAACACGAGAGCAUGAGUGAGCGAACUCCUGCAUCCGGCGGGAAUCAGGCGGCUUUGCUUCUCUUUGUCCAAAUGAAUAGUCCUGUAACACUGAUGCUGAGCUGUGAAUGCACUUGAAUGUCUCAGCUCUGGUCUAAAGAGUAGCUGAAUAACACUGAAUGUAUUUGUAUGCUGUAAUAAGUGUAUUGUCUGAGGUGUUUGUUGACAGCAUUGAGACGAUGGUCAUGUUUGCUGUGUUGUUUAAUGUUAGUUUGGUUGACAGAUGAACUCAACAGUAUUUUUAUAAAAUUCAAUAAAAUGAUUAAACACCUAAA